CUUAAAUUGUACUAUUUUGCAUGGAUGAAUAAUUCAAGACUUAAGAAUACAACACUUCGUAAUGAACAGUGCAGGAAUUCACAGAGAUUGGUUAGUAUUUUUUGUAGAAUACAGUGUAUAUACAGUGGCACCUUCACUCUAGAGACAUACCUUGUAAGGGUGGGCUAAUUCAAACUUUCCAGUUAUCAUUAAUAAAAUGUAUCCUUUUUGUGACCUGUUUUCUUUGUAUUGAAGAACUUCUCACAAACAUAAAGUUGGAGAAUGAAAGUUCACCUUGACCUACCAUGUUAUAAUGGAGUACAGUUGUCUAUGUUAUUAAUGUAAAGAUCUUAGCCAUUACCAUAUUACUUAAUAGUUCAGAUCUCUCUCUCUCUCUCUCUCUCUCUCUCUCCUUUUGCAGAGAUGGACUGAAGCUUGAAACUGAAGUCUUGGAUGGAAAGCCAAGGCUAAUUUUAGCUUCAGGUAUUUUUUCAGUCAUUUAUCUGAAGUAAUUUUUAAAGCUUCUUAAAGUUUAACCUCCAAGCAAUAUGAACCACAGCCAUAUUGAAAUAUUCAGAUUAGGAAGAAUAUUUGUACAGUGCUAUUACUUAGAUCUCUUAACCAACUUGCCACUGGUCUAGGUUGAUACUGAACAUCUGAGUAGUCUGUCCACAGGUGAACAACUAAGAAAUUGUCUUGACAGUUUACAGCUUGUCUGCCUUCACAAAAUGUUAAGUACUAUUAUAUAUUGACUGUCAUAACUAGAGAAUGCCUGCAACUUAGUAGCACUGUAUUAACAAGGGAAAGCAGCUUAGCAACUCCCUGCUUAAUUUAGAAUUCUAUCAUACCACACUUCUGAAUUUAAAGUAGUUUUAGUAUCUGGCAAUUGAGGUUUAUCAUUUUCAAUAAGUUGUUUGUUCAGGCCAGAUCUCAUUGCUGUCACACUAGAAAAAAAACAUCUCAUAUGUUAAUAAUUAAACUUUAUUAAAAUCUAGGUUUUUGAUUUAUCAAACAUAAACACUUACCAAAUAUAUACAAGCAUAAAACCACUUUAACUGUUGUCAUUCAGGGUACAGGAAUUUUCCAUUUAAUGCCCUCCAAAUUACAUUCCACUUUUUGCUGUCGAAUGAGACAUUAUGAGAGUCAACAAGGAAUACAUCUACUGAAGACAAAACCUUGAAACAUCUCCGAAACAGCAGCACUACAGCUUUCACAUACCUCCAAGGUAGUUCACAUCAUUUAUUCACUGACCCUAUUCAGAGGUCUCUGAGAUAAAGUCUUGCCUUGGACUCUGAGCUAGCCUCAAAGAAGCAGUCUUCUCCAGGAAUUAACAAGUUACCUUUACAAAGCACUUCCUGAAUAUUGAAACAAUUUAAUUUAAAACUGGGUGAAUGAACCUAAUGAGGAAACAGUCCCAAAGCACUCUUACUAUGGAAACUGCAAGAUGGUUCACAAUUUAAUGCAUGGCUCUCCAGGAGAGAUUUAGUAUACUCCCAAGAUUUAAAAUGUUCAUCUCAAUGGAAGACUAUUAAUAGGGUGUUCUGCAGACAGUCUAAACAGUUAGUAUUCUCCAACACACACACAAAAAAAAAACAGGAGCUACCGGUGCAGAGUGUAUGACAACCACUGUCAUAGCAAUGAUUGCAUAGUGCAGCUGAAGCAGCCUUAUCUUCACAGAUUUGUUCCACUGAACUGUUCAUCCCAACUGUUUUCUCACCUUUUUCCCUUACCCACGUGUGCAAGAUUCUUCAUGUUGAGUAUCUCGUUCUCUCUAUCAAUAUUAUAAUAUUCUUUAUUAUUAAGUAUUACAUUAAACAUAAUAUUUUUGCAACCACCAGCUCUGUGCAGAAUUUGACUUAAAAUACUGAAGAGUAUGCAUACUUCAGGGCAGCGGUAGGGGGAACAGUAAAAGGUGGUGUGAUUAUGAAAGGGUUGUUUCUUUCAGCUGUAAAUGACGGAGACAUAACAUCAUGUAUGGCAUUGGAUGCAUGGACUGUCCUGGAAGAGUGUGACACAGAAAGCAAACCAAAAAAGCACAAUAAAUAAACAAUUAAAAAUAAGCCAUUAUCUCUGGGCUCUCUGAGAAACAGAACGAGUAGCAUAGGAAGAUCAGACUGGUACAGUAGUUCUAUAGACAACUGAAAAUAGAUACUGAAAUAUAUCUAGAUUUUUUUUUUCCCAGCAUACUUUUGAAGUGUAUAUUCUGAUUUUUUUAAUUUUUUUUUUUUUAAGUAAAAUAAUACAGGCAGAUGUUACAGGGAAAGUACUUGCCCCACCUUACAAAACAUCAAAUGACUAUAAUAGUUCAUGAAUUUCUUAAGAUCUGUUUUUCAGGAGGAAGUUGCUAUUAAAUACUGCUUUCAUGUUUGUGUUUGUUUCCCAAAAGAUAAAUCAAAGCUUUCAGUGAAGAUGGGCAAUAAAGCCAGAGUCCCUAAACAGGCAUUGAGAAUAAGGCAUACUGGACAUAUUUUGAGGUCAAUGCAGAAUGCCUGUAUCAAGCAGGAAAACUUAGCAAAACCAAGGAGUGAAUCAAGCUUAUCAAUGACAAAAGGUGAAAAAAUGCAAGUAACUAAACCUUCCUCAAAUGAAGCUACAGCUAAAGAUCACUCUUUGAUUUUUCAAAGAGAUAACACAAACAGGAAGCCUGAGAAUCUUGAUGUUAAAAAAAGUAAACAGAGAAGUCAAAAUCCACAUGUAUCAGCUGAAGACUUAGGAAAUUUGGUGUGUUUAACACAAGAGCAGCUUCAACAGAUUUUGAUGACUGUAAAAGAAGGAACUAGAAGCAUCUUUGAGACUCAUAAUGAAAAGCCAGAGGAAAUGGCUGUUAAUGAGUCAGAGGAAAACACAAGCUUUUUGGAGAAAUGCUACAAUGAAGUUUCAUCUGUUCCAGAUGAAGCUAAUUCUAACUCAAGCAGGAAAAAAGAGUCAUAUCAGCAACAAGGACAGAAAGUUAUAAAGGAGUCAUGGAAACCAGCUGACAUGUUUACUACCUUAGGUGAAAGAGAAGGGAAGAAAGCCUUAUUAGAAUUUAAAAAGACACAAUGGAAGAAAGAAUUAGAUGAACAGGUAGCACUGAAGAAGAAGCUGAAAGAAACUUUGGAAGGCGAGGUGGGUUGUUUCUGGGCAAAAUCUGGUAAUGAAAAAACACAUACAGAGAAAAUGGAAACAGCUAACCGUGAUAAGGAAGCUGUGCCACAGGAACAACCUUCAAAGCACGAGCAGCAGAAGAAGUGGCUUGAAGAGCUGGACAAACAGAAGGAAGAAGCUAAGCUACAAAAAAUAGAAGAAAAACUGAAUUUAUCAAAGGCUGAAGAGCAUGACAGAUGGGCAAUGCAUUUUGAUUCUUUAAAGAACCAUCUUAAUACUAAUGCACAACACCCUUUAAAUGGAAUGCACAAAAAGCAGCCUGAAAGUCUUUGCCUGUCACCUGACCCUAAGGAGCUGACUGCUUUUGUUCACCCUUUUUCACCUGCAGCUUUAGGCAACCUCAUGCCCUCAAAGGUGGAAAAUGCAGAAAAAGGUGCUAAAAGCAGUGCUUUGGAUCAUAGUCAGAAAGUUAGUUUCCUUCGUUCAAUGACAGCUCUCCUGGAUCCUGCACAGAUUGAAGAAAGACACAGACGGCGGCAGAAACAGUUAGAACAUCAGAAAGCGAUAAUGGCUCAGGUAGAAGAAAAGCGGAAGAAGAAACAACUGGAGGAAGAGAAGAGAAAAUGGGAAGAACAAGAGGAAGAACAGUGCCUAGCACGAGAAAAAGAACUGAUGCAGAAACAGUUUGAAGAAGAUAUGCUUAAACAAAAACAAAAAGAGGAACUUGUGACUCUUAAAACAAAUGAGAUUUAUCAGACAAUGCAGAAAGCUCAAGAAUUAGCACAGAGAUUAAAACAAGAACAGCGUAUUCGAGAUUUGGCUCAGAAGGGACAUGACAUUUCAAAACUUAAGAAGAAACUUGGUGGUGACACUGAAUUUGAAAAUUGUAAUACUGACAUUUCAUAUCAAAGUCAUAACAUUUCUGAUGACAUGAGCAGUAAUAUUCCUCGGCAGACUUCUCCUUGGAAAGACACCGCUGUACAGACAGAUGACUGUAAUACUUCAGCUUGUAUUGAUUCAGCUGAGGGAAGCACUAUGUGUUGUGGAUCACCUGAUAUUUCCAUAGAAUAUAAGGAAACCUCCAACAGCAAAAAAUAUCAGAAAGAAAUGUGGUAUACAGAUAAAAAUGAAAUUUCAGGACAAGAGAAUGGUGGCAUCUACAGUGAGCUAUACGAACAAUAUGCAAGAAAAGAAAGACAAGUUAAACCUUCAGAAAAACAUACUAAAAGACCUGAUUGGAACAUAAACAAGCCUGGGAAAAGAUAUAUUCCAGCAUCAGAAAGAUACCCUAAACAGUUACAAAAACAAAGGGAAGAAAACAAAGCAAGACGGCAAAUGGAGCUGCUUCAGUUGGUAGAAAGAAAUACCCCUGGGAAUCUCUGUCCAAAAAACAGGUCUCGUUCACCUCAUGAAGAAAUGAACAUGAGGAAUAAGGGACAUAGGAUCAGAAAGGAAGAACAAUUACAUAAGAAUAAUUUGAAUGAAGAAAGGUCCGACUCACCACCUGUUCCAGCAGUUAAGAACAGGUUACACCAAGUACAACAAAAACAGACACAUACUUCUAAUUUCCUGGUGCACAACAACAAUAGUAGAAGACAGAAAAAUAUCAAGACAGAUGCACAGCAGAGGAGCUCCCCUCCCCUAGUUACAGAAGCUGGAAGACCUCCGUCUUCACAGUUUAUUCCAUAUGUUCGAACAAAUGAAGUGUAUUAUCUUGAUCCAGAAGUACCAGUGACUAGACCUUCAACAGAUGACCCACAAUAUCAACAGUUUAAUGAUUCUUACCAAACGCCACGACAGACUUUUAGCUCUGAUCACACGAGAGAUCCUCUUCUAAAUCCUGAUGUAGUUAAAAUCAGAGAGAGACAACAAGCGAUUCUCAAGGGACUGUCAGAAUUACGCCAGGGCCUCCUACAGAAGCAAAAGGAGUUGGAGUCUGGACUAAUUCCCACCAUAACUCAGGAAGAUAAUUUUAUUUCACCCUUUUGAAAGGUACAUGUAACUGUAUUGAGUUCUUAAAAAUGUAAAGGCAGAGCACGUUGCUAAUGUAAGUAAUUGUGAACCACUUUAUUAUGCAAAUUUUGAUAGGAUUACAGGGUUACGUUGCUUUUCAGAUUGAAGAAACAUUAAACUAAUGAUGUUGUUUAGAAUGGUCCUCAUACUACAUGAAGACACGUCCAUUUAAUAUAAACCACCAAGACACUGUACAAAAAUGGAUGUGUAUGGAACUAGGUUUAUGCAUUUUUUGAGAAAUAAAAAGAUUAAAGAAUCAUUCUGAAUGGC